GAGCAAGCUGAGGAGAUCGUUGACGACAUAGAAGACGAGGUGGCUGGAGCAAAUCGUACGAAACGUCAAGCGUUCAAGGAUCGUAGAUAUCCGAAAAUGUUGUGGUCACAAGGAGUAAAUUACUACUUUCACGAUAUGGCUGAUGAGAAAAUGCGACGUGCUUUCAUAAAAGGUGCCAGGCUCUGGGAAAAGGAUACCUGCAUCAAUUUUAGGCACAACCGUUUUCGCCGAUGA